AUGGUAGAGGAUGAAGUUCAGCAACUCCCACGGCAGCAAGGCUCUUCCAAUGGCGGAGAAGCACAUACGAAGGACCAUGACCACGAUGUUAUUGUUGAGGCAGUUCAGUCACAACAGGAUAUGCAGAGGGAGAUUCUGGCAGCUUUGCAAACUCUCACUGCGGCUAUUAUGGCCAUGGCCUCUAGACCAGCUCGAGCUCCAAUCCAGGUGCCUCUGGUGGUACCUCAAGCGAACGGUACAGUCAUUGAUUUAGCUAUCCAGGAGCAGACUGGACUAUUCCAGCCCACUCACUUUGUUACCCUAGCCAAUACAGUGCCCAAAUUUAUUAAGUUUGAUGGAAAACAAGGCAAUGCCAGAGAACACGUGGCGAGGUUCAUUGAAACUCUUGGUGUCCAUGACAGUGACCACUCUCUGCGCCUUCGAGAGUUCUCCAAAUCACUUAUUGAAAGGGCUUGCAGUUGGUAUGUGAACUUGGCUCCCAACUUGAUCAAGAGUUGGGAGGAGAUGGUGAACAACUUCCACACGAAAUUCUUCCAAGUCCAAGAGAAAGUCACAACCUUCACACUUGGGCGAGAUGUCCAAAAAGAAGGUGAAGAUAUAUUGGACUAUGUUAAGUGGUUCCAAGACAAGGCUAUUGACUGUCAUGAACCAGUAGAUGAAGCUCACUUAGUUAGCAUAUGUGUGGAGGGUGCCAUACGCAACUACAAAAUUUUCUUGGUGAACCAUAAUCUGCCUACCUUUUCAGCCUUGAUUGAGGCAACUAGAAAUCUCAGUACCACUGGUCCUUUACACGAAUCUCGCAACAGCCACCGCUACUCUCGCAGUAGUAGAGUUUUUGCGAUAACCUCCACAUGA